AUGACAGCAUACACGGACGUCGUAAACGACUUGAGUAGAGAAUUAUCCUUGAAGAAACCCAAAGAUGUGAUCCAAUUCUGUGCGGACUACUUCAACAAUAAGUUAGCAGAGGAUCCUGCCAGACAACAACCAUCAACAGCAACAGCCCCCUCUUCACGCCCUGCUCAGACUGCUUCAGGCGCACCUCUGUUUAAAGACCAGUUUGGAGGUGAUCCUCAUGAACCAUUGUCUCAUCACCCUCAUCGUGGUAGCAUUUUUAAGGACUCAUUCACUCAUCCUGAAGACCCUCAAAGUAAUAAAAUAAGGCCUUUGGAUAAUGCCUCCCCUGGCUCAGGAUUUGCCGCACAUCUUGCUAAGGUUAAGUUCAACCCAGAGAGACGUAUCUCUGUGAGUGCCGAAUCUGUGAAUCCAGAAAUUUUUGCUACCAGUUCUUGGCAGCCACCUGUCCACGACCUGAGUGAUGAGCAACUGCAACGUUUAAACAACAUUGUCAGAAAGAGUUUCCUGUUUAGCCAGCUAGAAGAUGAAGCACUACGAACAGUGAUAUAUGCCUUGGAAGAGAAGAAAGUGCCACGCGGAACAGAGAUAAUCAAACAAGGCGACGAAGGUGAUUACUUUUACGUUUUGGAAAGCGGUGAGGUCACAUUUGUUGUCAAUGGAGAGACUAAAGGCCAAGGAAAGUCUGGGUCAACCUUUGGUGAACUUGCACUGAUGUAUAACUCGCCGCGGGCGGCCACCGUGAUUUCUAGUCAGGACUGUGUUCUUUGGGCACUUGAUCGUAUGACGUUUAGAAGAAUUUUACUUGAAGGUACAGCCAAGAGACGUGCGAUGUAUGAUGGGUUUCUCAAGGAUGUUCCAGUGUUACGCUGUCUCAACUCCUAUGAACGUAAUAAGCUCGCUGAUGCUUUAGAAUCUGAGACUUACAACAAAGGCGACACGAUCAUCCGUGAAGGCGAACCAGGAGAAAACUUUUAUUUUAUUGAACAAGGUGAAGCUGAAGUGUUUAAAGAAGGUGAAGGACAUAUGGCAACAUUGGGCAAAGGUGAUUACUUUGGCGAACUCGCUCUGUUGAACGACCUUCCACGUCAAGCUACUGUCGUUGCUAAAAGUGACGUGAUCAAGGUUGUUACCCUAGAUAAGAAUGGAUUCCAGAGAUUGCUUGGGCCAGCAAUUGAGGUUCUCAAGCUGCAAGAUCCCACCAAGAUCUAG